AUGAGAGAUAAAGGUAAAGGAUCUAGAUUCAACAGAAAAAUUGGAGGGAUGACUUACAUGAAUCGAGCUCGAGAGAUUGUCGACAUUUUCUCCUCCGAAUCACGGUGGUUCGGCGACUACAAAGUCAUUAUUCAGCACCGUGAAAUUGAAAGGUGUAAUCAAAGGUCCCAGAAAUUUCUUGGAAUCAGGUCAAUGGGGUCUUCGUCGGAUUCAUGGAUGAAAGAAUACAACGAGGCUUUGAAACUCUCAGAGGAGAUCAAUGGAAUGAUAGUAGAAAGAAAUAAAUCGUCCGUAACAGGGCCUGAUGCUCAGCGUCGUGCUUCAGCUAUACGAAGAAAGAUCACCAUUUUCGGUACCAGAUUAGAGAGCCUGCAGGCUCUUCUUGCUAAAAUCCAUGGAAAGCCUAUUUCAGAGAAAGAGAUGAACAAGCGCAAGGAUAUGAUUGGGAAUUUGAGGUCGCAAGCGAAUCAGAUGGCGGCUUCUUUGAACAUGUCAAACUUUGCCAACAGAGACAGCUUGCUUGGGUCAGAAAUAAAGCCAGAUGACACCGUGAACAGAGUUUCUGGCAUGGAUAACCAAGGGAUUAUUGGAUUUCAACGACAGGUUAUGAGAGAACAAGAUGAAGGACUUGAGCAGUUGGAGGAAACAGUCAUGAGUACAAAACACAUUGCUCUAGCUGUCAAUGAGGAGCUUAGCUUGCAGACAAGGCUUAUCGAUGACUUGGACUACCAUGUGGAUGUUACUGACUCUCGCUUACGGAGAGUGCAAAAGAACCUUGCUGUCAUGAACAAGAAUAUGAGAAGUGGUUGUUCUUGCAUGUCAAUGCUCUUGUCAAUGCUUGGCAUCGUUGGUCUUGUCGUUGUAAUAUGGCUGCUGAUUAAGUAUUUGUAA